AUGGAGCCGGGGGCGGCGGCGGCGGCCGGGCCCGGGGACCUGCUGCAGGCCCUGCUGGAGGGCGCGGGGGGCCGCGGCCGGGUGCUGCUGGUGGCCGAGCUCUGGGAGCGGGAGCAGAGCCGCAGCCUCAUGAGGGACUUCGCCCGCCACGUCUUCCCGGAGCCGCGGGAGGAAGAGGAGGAGGAGGCGGCCGCAGCGCGGGCUCCCGGCCGCGGGCCUCCGGAGCGAGCCAUCUGCUCCCCACUCGUGUUCGUGCUGUGCCGAGAAGCUUCCCUGCGGGCCCCGGAGCCGCGCCUGCGCCUGCGGGAGAUCCUGCGGGACGUGCGCGCCCGGAGGCGGCGGCGGCCUCGUUGGCGGCCUAGAUGGCGGCCCCCGCCUUGGGGGCCCUCGGGGGACUGCGGCGGAGGGGGCGGCGCAGCGCUGGUCGGGGUGCUGGUGGAAGAGCCUGGCGACGGCCGCGGCGAGAACCAAGGCGCGGAGGAGGGAAGCGGAGCCGAGGCCAUGCACCUGCUGGAGGCGCUGCUGCGCUCCGUAUUCGGCCGGGACGCGGGCGGCCCGGUGCAGGCUGCCUGCUACUGCCCCGCGCGCCCGGACAGCGCCGCCGACGUGCAGAACGCAGCCUGCCGGGCCCUGCGAGCAGCCGCCGGCCAGCGGCCGCCAGAGGGGAUGCGAGAGAGGCUGGGAUUCCAGAGGCUGCUAAGAUGCCUUUCCUGGUCAUCGUGGAGCAGGAGGAAGGGCCGGGCUAACAGCCCCACCGACAGCCCAGAGGAGGAUGGUUUCCAGAACCCCUCAGAAGAGCUGGCACUGACAGUUCUAUCUCCCAAUGGACACUGUGAGGACAUCGAGGGAAGGAUAGGAGCCUAAAUGCCCUAGACCACCGCCCAGAUCCUGGAUUGACAAGUUGUGAGCACCAGUGAGACUAGGACACUUGGGUUCUGUUCCUGCUUCUGCCUCAUCUUGAGGACUGAAGCUGGGCCUUUCCCUGUUCCAUGCUCUAGUCUUAUCCCCAUGUCAAGUGGAAGGUGAUGCUAUCUGUCACCUCUAUACCUUCCACUAAUGCGGUGAGACUGGGCUGGUGAUCGAAGAGGAAAUACGUCUCAUUGGCCUGAGCAGCAGAUGGUAAAAAUGGGCUCUCUGGGAUCUGCUCCUAAUCCAGAGCUAUCUUACUUUGUGAUCAAGGCUGUUACUUCAUCUUUCUAUGCCUCAGUUUACCAAUCUGUAAAUUGAGAAGACACACUCACCUCAUAGUGGUGUCAUGUGAAGUCCCUGCCUUGGGAAGGGUAACCUAGGACUUUGUAGAUCUACAGUGUUAUAGCAAUCCUCCAUGUUGGUUAAUAUGCAUGAUGGGCUUGGUGUGUGUACACAGUCGUACACAUUCCUCCUUUCCACUAUCAUGUAGUGGAAAGAGCAUUAGCCUAGAAUUUAAGGCUCUGAUCCUAUCUCACUAACUAGAAAACUAGAGGCCUCGGUUGCCUUAUUCGUAGAGUGAAAGGAAUGGACCAGAUGACCUUAAAAAGUCUUUUCUAACUCUGACAUUCCUAGAUUGCAUCCUUGAGGAUCAAUAAAUAUACCUUGAGGACAAAUAAAUACAAUAUAAAUAAACAUACUGUUAAAAAAAGAUUCUUAUAAGCACUGGAAGUUUAAGCCAAGUCUAUCCAUAAUUUGUUGUUGUUGUUGUUUUAAUGUUUAAUUGAUGCCCUCUGUUUUUUUUUUUUAUCACAGUCAUUUUCUUUAGCCUGCUAGCUCACUCUUAACCGAGAAAAAAUAUUGUCAUGGAAUCGAUCAGCACCAGGAGCUGUCCCCAUGGCAGAGCUCUUGGGCCCUGAGCCAUUUAAUAAGAUGUCUUAUGCAAUUCUUCUGGUCCUGCUGGCCUUUUAGGGUCUACAAGUGUUUUCCCUGAUUGCAGUCACUGUAAUUUCAUUCAUUUUUUUUUACUGAAUAGACUCCUAAAAGACUAUAGCACACGCUUCUAAAUGUGUUUUUUAAAAAGAGUCCUGGUACGAACCCCAUACUGCAUAGCUGAUUCGAAGCUGUACUUUGCCACAAAUAUUUGGCACCUCAUUUUUCUGAACUUCAACUUCCUCCUCUGUAAAAUGAGGGUUUGGAUUUGAUCUCUGAGGCCCUAUCCGGAGAAUCUUUUGUUUUUACGUCUCGCUCAUUUCAGAGGCUAGCCCACCACUCUGUUCCCUACCCAGACGCUCUCCUCUAUGGUGACUUUCUGACUGAAUUUCCCAGUCAGGCAAGUGACCUUUCCCCUUCAGAGUUCCAAGUUCCUGAGAGGUUGAGAUAUUUCUUUUCUAUCUCUUUGGGUUGGGCCCCCACCAGCUUUGUUUUUCCCUACUAGUAGGGAUCUAAGGCUAAUGCCCUAUUUCCAUUAAACCACUUAAAAUCUUUUAGCUUUUACAAAGGGGCUUUUUACUUCAAAGAUAUAGCCAGAACAGAAUGUACAAACAUUCCCCCAAAGCUCCUUUGGCAUCUUCUCCUUAUUAGAUCAAUUCCUACAUAAUACUGGUACCAUCAGGUUUAUAUCCAAUGACAUUAUCUCUGCUGAAUGAUCCUUGUCUCAGAACCCCAAAGCUAUUUCUUUUUUUAAUAGCUUUUGAUUUUCAAAAUAUAUGCAAAGAUAGUUUUCAACAUUCACUCUUGCAAAACCUUGUGUUCCAAAUUUGUCUCCCUUCCUUUCCCUCUCCCCCCUCCCCUAGAUGGCAAAUAAUCCAAUAUACGUUAAAUAUGUGCAAUUCUUCUAUAUGUAUUUCCACAAUUAUCACACUGCGUGAGAAAAAUCAGAUCAAAAAGAGGAAAAAAAUGAGAAAAAACAAAAAGCAAGCAAACAACAAAAAGGUGAAAAUGCUCUUUUGUGGUCCACACUCAGUCCCCACAGUCCUCUCUCUGGGUGCAGAUGGCUCUCUCCAUCACAUGUCUAUUGGGACCCAAAGUUACUUCUAAAAAUGAUCAAUUCCUCUCCUUGUUCUUCAAUUCUGACUGAAAAAUUGAACUUGGAUUCGUGUGACUCAGUUUCCCAAUUUUCUGAAACUCCCAUGGUUGAAGUCUCUGCUGUCUACAUCCCAGUUUGAAAAGUGCACAUGAAAAAGCCAAAGAUAGAUGUUUGUUUGUUGGGUCCCAUGGCUUUGGAGGGGUCCCAAGGUCUUUCUCUGUAUAGCAUGGACUCUGUGAGCAAAGCAGCCUCUGAAUAAAGCAAAAAAAAUGAUGAAGAGCAAGUGGCCAAUGGCAACAGGUCAGGAACCUCCCUUUCUGCAUUCAGUUUGCCACUGGAAUCAGUUGCAAGAUGUCUAUACCUGCCCAACCCUCUUGCGAGAGACUUCCCAUUCCUAUCAUCACAAUUCUCCAGGAAACAAGUUCCCUAAAUACCUUCCACGUGGAGAGGUUAUAUCAGCCAAAGAACUGAUGGAGUCUGUGUGUCAGACUCCAAUGACAACAAAAUAGAAAAGAAAAAUAAAGCAGAUUUGUCAAAACCAGCCCAUCAAAUCAAGUCCGAUAGUGUAUGCGAUGUUCUUCCUCCAUUGGCCCCCACCUUGAAAAGAUAGGAGGGAGGUACAUCUUCUCAUCUCUUCUCCAUGGGAAAGCUUGGUUAAUGAUCACGACUGUGAUGACUUCCUGAAGGAGCAGCUCUACUUAGACUGCUUUGUAGAAAAGAGACUGAAGGUAAUCUCAGCUCUCCAGUUCCCAGAUUCUUCUGGAGCAUAACGGAACUCAUCUGGGAGCGUUCUGGAGGUGAGAGUCAAGAUGGGGCUGUACUGAGAACUCAGGAGGGGAAUGACUCUGCAGCCUUGUGAGGAGGGAGCCUUCCAUUCUAUGGCCCAUCAUCUGGAAAUGGUGGGCCCGAGAGUCAAGCUCCCCAUGGAGCAGAUUAACUGAAGAGGAGAUAAGUGAUUGGGGAUAAUUGGAAACAGGAACCGGGUUGGAGCUAUCAUCUGGGCUUUUCAGCCAUUGUUCAGAGUGACAGAAUUUUUUCCUCGGUGUCCAAGAAUCGGAGCUGGCCUUUUGUGAAAAGCCAAGAGAGCCAUUUCCCCGGGGAAAUGAAGCGUUCCUCUCUGCCCUGCCCUCCAGUUUAGAAGGAAGAGAAACGGGCUAGAGUCCAAAUCCAGCUUUCUGAGGAGACACAGUCUGAUGGAAGGAUGGGCAGCUUCUGCCAAGGCAUUUCAAUGCUCUGGGUUUCCCAUUCAGCAAAUGAAUUGAAACCAACUUCCAUCUCUUAAAGCUGUCUCAAGGGAAAGAGCAUGUGCCAGGACUGGCUUGGGGACCGAGCGAUUUCUCCACACACAAGAGCGGCUUGAGUGAAACCGAGCCCGGCAUUUUGGUGUGUGUUCAGUUUUUGUGGCUGAGAUCUUUUGCUUUUACAUUUCCCGUGGGAAACGAGGCAACGCGGUAGAUUGAGAGCUGGCUUUAGAAUCAGGGAAACCAAGAUUCAAGAGCUGCCUUUGACCCACACAGGCUUCAUGCCCCUGGACAAAUCACUUCCUGGGUCAGGCAACACUUUUUAAGAUGAGAGGCAGAUUGGGAGCUGACCUACCCACUUACCAAGUUCAGGGUGGACCGUCUCCUUGUCUGGCUGUUCCUUAUACCAGUGAAAUCAUAUGUAGACCCUAUUCCUAUUAUUUCCUAAUAUGUUCUUCCUCGAGAGCCAUUCCUUAUCAGAGGGGGAAAAAAGGCAAAAAAUCCAGCAAAAAUAACCAAAUGUUUGACAUUUCACAGGGAAUUGCACACUAUAGUCUUCUACCUCUAUGAAAAAUGAAUGGAUGGCAUCAUCCAGCUCUUCUUUGGGGCUGAGUUUUCAGGAUCUUAUUUUAAAAUGGGGACGAUUGGUGUCUCUGAGAUUGCCCAGGAGGUGGUGGUGGGUAGAUAUUUCUAGGGAGCUCUUUCCGUCCUUUUUUCUUGAUCUACGUCUUGAGUAGGGGAGACUUGUCUGCUCCAAUCUCUCUCUUGCUCUCUUUUUUUUGUUGUUGUUUUAAAGUUCUUCUUCAAAAUCAGUCUUUCUAGAUAAGACUUCUCCCGUCCUUCCCCAGCGAACCUUCCCUUCUAACAAAGAUGUGUAUGUGUGUGGAGAGGGGGGAAGUUGAACAAAACUAACUGAGAUAUUGAUCAUGGCUGACAAUGUCCACAAUAUUCCAUACCCAUAGUUCCCCAAUACUUUCCAGUAUUUUCUGUGAAAAGAAGCCAUUUUAAAUUUACGCCAUCCGUGGCUGCUCAUGGGGUGUCUCUUACGGGCAGAAAACUGGGCUGGGAAUAAGAAUCCAGCUCUCCCAGACUCCUGCUGAUCUGAGGCUCAGCAAUGAAUACCAGAUGGGGUCUAGGUUCUGCCCUUUCUGAGCCACAGCUGCUCUUAGAACUUUCUGGAGCUUCUAUUCCUCAUCUUAUUAAAGGGUGGAGAGAGGUAGUAACACUUUCAUUAGCACUGACCUUUUAGGGCUAAUGGGGAGCAUGAGACUUUGGCGACUAAUAGUAUCAGGCGUCAGAGCACCAAGCUAUCGCUCUUGUCUGUUCACCUCCCCGACUCAUGAAGGCCAACGGCCUCCUCCCAACCUUCCUGACCUUGAGUCUUUUCCAAAAUAAUAAACUCGCCAAGGUUGCUGUACCCAUUCCCCCCACCCCCACCCCGAGGAGAUGGUUGUUAAACUCAGAAGGAGCUUCCUUUUUGAGGUUGACCAUCUCGGAGAUCUUUAAAAAUGGGAAGCAUUCCUAGAGCAUCCCAGUGGUUCUCAGGCUGGGAUGACGAGGGUCUUCUGGGAAGCUCUGGUGCCAUUGUUUUCUGGUUUAUUUUCUGGUUUUUAUAUAUCAAUGUUUAACUUUUUCCAACAUGAAGGAAGAACCUACUUAUUUAAUAAAAAUUAGAUAAUACCUUA